AGCCUGGCGGGGACUGCCUUUCAAAUAUUUAGAUCAUACCAACGUUACUUACAACAGGGGAGUUAAAAGCUAUAUAUUUAUCCCAUGAUUACAAUUAGAAAAAAUGUUUAUAGAAACGUAGUUGUAAUGUAAUUACACUUUACUAAAUUUAUGAAUAAUAACCAUAAGUGUGGUUGUACAUCUUCAACAUUUAAAAAAAUAUGUAUAAUACGGACUGUUCCCCCUUCGAUAUUCCCAUUUUGUAGCUCAUCGAGGAAGCAAAGCGAAUCGAUGUUUAGACGUGAAAAGUUGGAAUGCUGUAACUCGUGGUUUUUAAGCGAAUUGUAAUUCUUUGUUGUUUUCCUUUUAGUUUAUUCGUGUAUUGUGAACGAAGUGCGUCUUGUGUCUCCACAAGAAUGGACAGAGGUUGAAUUACAGAUUCAAACCGCCAAUAUUUCAGUAGGCUGCGCGUGUUAUGCCGCGAGCGAGCUAGUAUUAGCUGUCUGACCUGAAGAUAAGCGAGAAAACGCGCUUGAUACUGAAUUACAGAAUAUUCUUCGUAUAUAUGUGUCAUCCGGGACGGCAUUGGUCUGAAGAUACAACGGAAACGGAGUGAGACGCGUGACUCGGAGUUGUGGCUGCUGACUAAAACGCAUAAUACUCGUCAUUCAUUACAUACUGCGCUAGCCACACUUCAGUUAGAUUUUCUGUACGGCGCAGCUUUUGCUGACGUGUGGUUCAGUAGCUUGGCCGGUGUAAACAUGUCUCUGGAGCGGAAUUCCUGGGCGUUGACGUGCGCCACUAUCGCUUGCGUAGCAGCUCUCUACCUGCCGUGCACUCAGAAGGCUGUCCCGGGGGGCGAUUCAGGAGAGCUGAUCACCGCUGCUUGUGAGCUGGGGGUGGCGCAUCCCCCAGGUUACCCCCUCUUCACCUUGCUGUCUCGCCUGGCUAUUGCGCUGCUGUCCCCCCUUUCACCCGCCCACAGCGUCAACCUGCUAUGCUGCCUGUUGGGGGCGAUGACGAGUGGAGCCCUCUGCUUUACCGUGUGCAGGCUGGUCGGCACAGGGCCGGGCGGAGUGCUGGCCGGGGGGGCGUUCGCCGUGUCUCGGCUGACCUGGCAGUGGUCGGUGGUGGCGGAGGUCUUCUCCCUCAACAAUCUCUUCGUGGGGCUCAUCUUCGCACUGGCCGCCUGUUUCCACUGCGCCGAGAGUGCCAGUGACAGGAGCAAGUUUGCCCAUUGGGGGGCGUUAUGUUGCAGCCUCGGCUUAUGUAACCAGCACACUUUGAUACUCUACUUGCUGGUCAUCAUUCCAUGGGUUCUGCUGCGACUGCAUGCCUUCAAGGAGCUGUCACUGCGCCUCCUAGGAGCCCUGAGCCUGUGGUUUCUGACUGGCUUCCUGCCCUACCUGUACCUUCCCGUCUCCUCAGCCUUAAAUACGGCCCGCUGGAGCUGGGGCGACCAGACGUCGCUCUGGGGCCUGCUCAGUCACCUGCUGAGGGUGGAGUAUGGCACAUUCAGCCUGGCUAAAACUGAGAGUGCUGGAGACCUAAUCAGGAUGCUUCAGGCCCAGCUGGAGCACUGUAUGCUUGACCUCUCCAUGCCCAUCUUGCUUCUGGCUGGAGCAGGCCUGCUUCUCUCAUCCCUGGACAGGAGGCAGCGCAUCCUACCCAGGCUGCUGGCUGCCAUGGCAUCACUGUACUCACUGUUCUUCUCCUGGAGGGCCAACCUUGACAUCAACAAACCGCUGCUUCUGGGAGUGGUGGAGCGCUUCUGGCUGCAGUGCGACGCGGCGCUGUGUGUGCUGGCUGGCCUGGGCCUGGAUGCGCUGCAGGCGGCGCUGGAGCGGCGGCUGGCCCGGCGGUGGCUGUGGACGGCCUGCGGCUGGGCCUUCAGCGUGGGGCUACUGGCGCACAUGGCGCACUCCAACUACAGAGCAUGUGAUCAAAGUCACAAUGACGUGGUGGAGAGAUUCGCCCGUGGUGUUCUGGGCUCCAUCCCCCACGAUUCCAUCAUCCUGACCCGGGGCGACCUGCCGGGCAACACAAUGCGGUACUUGCACUACUGCCAGGGGCUGCGUCCGGACCUGCGGCUCAUUGAACAGGAGGUGAUGACGUACAGCUGGUACGUAGAGAAGCUGGGCCGGCAUCAUCCAGGGGUCCACUUCCCUGGGCGCUUUUGGGACCCCUUAAGCACACAGGAAAAGAACACGUUCAGCCUGGAGCAGUUUCUGCUUCACAACACACAGAGGAACGUGUUCACCUGCAUCGGCCUGCCGGAGGGAGACCCUAGCUGGGAAAGGAGCUUCUCCCGCUGGCCCUGGGGCAUCUGCGACCAGCUGGUGCCCAUCCAGACCCGCUUCCACCCCGAGGAGUGGGCCCAGCGCACCAGAGACAUGUACAACUGGACCGAGCCACACGACAGCUUCCAGCCCAGCUCCUGGGAGAAGGUCGCUAACGAGGAGAUGUGGCAGGCCAGGAUGAAGACGGCCUUCUUCUUGUUCGAUCUGGCAGAGCGGGUUUCAGAGGAGAGCAAGGCCCGCCUCUAUGAGCUAUCCUACCGUUUGUAUAAAGAAAUCGUAGACACGCAUGAGAAUCACCCCAUCAACUGGGACAAGAACCUGGCGCUGGCAAGUGAGAGGCUGCUGAGAGUCGGGGGGCGGGGCCACGACCCUGACAGCCUGCUGACCGUGAGCAUCGAGUCUUUCAGCCGCUACUUGGACAGGGAGCCGACGGACCUGCAGGCCGAGGCCAUCCACACCGCCAUUAACCACCUGCAUAAAGAGAGGCAGAGGCUGAGAGCCAGCCGGAGCAGCCCCUGAGGCCAGGGUCAUGUCCAUUGACCACUUUGAGGGGGCGGGAGCCUGUUCAAUGAGCUUUUACUGUGGAGGCAAACCACGUCUCAUGUGUGAGGGUCUCAUGUAUGAAACUGGCACUAAAGGUAGAUGUAUGAUAUGUGUGACAUAAUGGGGGGGCACUCAGCUGGGUCAAAUCAGUGCCCAUGACAGACUUUUCGAUCUUUGUUGCUUGUUAUGGAAGUAUCUAGAGCAAUUUUUCCCAAUGCGGUCCUCGGGGACCCACAGACAGUUCACAUUUUUGCUCCCGACUAGCUCCUGGGAAGGAAGCAAAAAUGUGGACUGUCUGGUAGGGAGCUCGGAGGCAACAAAAACAUGGACCGGCUGUGGAUCCUCAAGGACCAGAUUGGCAAACAAUACUCUAGAGCAUAUGUCUUUAGGAGCGGAACUUGUGCAGUGGGCCGACCGGCCGGGCUUUACCAGGCAGUCACUUUAAACGGUGCGGCUGGCCUGCCACACUGGGUUUUAUGGCUGUAAUUGUGGCCCCCUGGGACCGCCCGCUGUCCUCUUCUUCUCUGACAUGUUACUGCCGCCCUCAGAGGGGGUCGGGGAUUAGACCGGGCAGUUAAUCUGGGGCAGACUUGCACUAGUGUGGGGCACUUACGCCCCCAUCUUGCUGUUGUGAUUUAAACGCAAAAAGCUAAUGGAUGUGAUGAGGGUUGGUUUUUUUGACUUGGCACUAAUCCCUGGUGGAUUUAAAGGAAAUAUGAAAUGUCAGAGCUAGAGACCCAUUUAGAAGCGCCGUGGAUGCUGGCCUGUCCGCCCCGUGACGGACUGCCCCAGGGUAUUGUGGGAGCACAGGAGCUCAGGUGCAGGCGUACCUCUGACUGGACCAGAGGCUGCAUGGCACACUGGUACACUGGCCUGGAUCCCCCAGGUCAGGCUCUGUGGCAUCACUUGCUGGUUUGGUCCAGAUCACUAAAGGUUGCUAGUCCUUUUAAGGGGACUAACCAGGUUAAGAACAAGCAUCAGCACGCGGGUCUGUCUGUGGACGUAUCAACCUCCUUAUGACAUGCCUGGGUCCCCAGGUAACCUCAUUAACUGUGUUCUCAGCAGCCUUCAGUACAACUUGAAUUGUCAGCAUGUUACUCAUAAUUCCCUGUUUUUUUUUAUGUCAAUGCCCCAGAUGGCCAAAUGAUAAACUUUCGAUUUGGAGGGGGGGUGGCGUGCAUGGGGACGCUACCAGAGGCACAGUCCUGACUGGCUGUUUAUAUUAUGCUAUGAUUGAACAAAUAAAAUACGCCAAGAAAUGAUUGAUAUAAAAAGAAAAGUGUAAUAAAUGUGUCCACGUGCCAUCACCUGCGUCCAUGUCCCGCUGCAUCCCUGCGCUCAUGUAUCAUGCCCCUAGUGGCCUGCAGAGGGAAGAGCGCGCUGGCCAGUCAGCCUUAAAGCUCCCUUCCUGAGACUCAGACCGCCCAUUGACUUCAGAAGUCGUCCCGUUCUGCGUGGAGCAACGCUGCCAGGGUCUGCUAACCCACUCAUUUAAAUAACUGAAUGAGAAGAAGUGGGAGGCGAUCGUGGCUCUUUAAGUGAAGGACGGGCGAGCUGCUGGUGCGUUCAGUGCCUGCCGCUGCUCAUUAAUGUGUCACAUGUGCUGCUCUGAGUUGGGCAUGCUGUUUGCUAUAAAGAUAAGGCUUCAUCCCUUUUCAGACAAGUGUACCAAUGUAGAUAAAUCACAACUUUUCAAAUUCGUAAUCCUUUUUAAAAAUUCCUUCUUUACUCAUCCUGGCACCAUGUGAUAUUGUGAAUUAAACGAUAGCUGUACUUGGGUGACCCAGACCUAUUGGCUCUGUGCUGCAUGACGUGUGCACGUAUAGGAACAGCCCCCCCCCCCCCCCAUCACCGCCAGAGCAAACGGCUGCUUCUGACCCUUGGGGCGUUUCACUCUUGGAGUCGGCCGGCGACGGGGAAAAUAGAGACCUCAUCAAAAUGUAAUUUUCCGUGAGUUGUAAGAGAAGAUCGGUCCGGUCACGGAUGGGUCUGUCGCCUUGCGUCAUUCCAAAAAAAAAAAAACCCUGGAUUAAACACUCUAAUGAAGAUGCUUUGCUCUGUAUCUCUCUCUCCUCUUGGCUGGUCUUUUCUGCGUAGACGACAGUGUGCAUGUGUGGGCACCUUCUUUAGGGCCAAAUGCUCCACAUCAGGCUGAGACUUUGACCCAUUUCCUUGGGCUUUGUCUCAGGACUGUAGCAGGACAAGAAAGUCAUCUGUGGGGAGCAACGAAGGUCCAAACUCCAGAUGGGGGGGGGGGCGGUUGGACGGGUGAUUAAUGUGGAGUUCUGGCUGCCAUCACUAAGCCCCCACCACAGUUGCCCCGCUGCCACCCCCUCAUGCAAUGAGUCCCCAUGAAGAUUGAGUUGUGUGCAGUGCGUUGUGGCCACACUGGGUGUGUAAUGCAGACAUUUCAGUGAUGACACGCUGACUGUGGGUGAGUCACACAGUUGGCCUUGAGCUGAGGAGCCCAGUGGUGUCCAGUAAUAGCAGAAUAUCUCCCUGCCCAGGUCCGCUCUCUUUUCAUCUCGAUUCAAUCCCUCCGAUUCCUCCGUGGUCUUCCUGCUCCCCCCCCCCACUACUCUUUCUCGCUCUCCCUCUCUGUCUCUCACUCCCCUCCCCUGCGUGCUCGCAGCUCUGUCGCCGUGAGUGUCAGUUACCCGCCCCGAGUCGGCGAGCUGCCGGGGGAUUGUGGGAACCCGUGGAAUCGCCGUGACCACGGAUGCAGGCAGGGAGCCACGCAAACGCUGGAAUGUGGGGCGUGUGAGCAGAUAAGGGCCGUGAGCCCAGCCAGGGAAGGGGGGAGUGGGAGGCAGCGAGCGAGCGAGGGGUUGGGGGGAGCGAGGGAUGCAGGCCCAUGAAUGGGACUGGAGAGACGGCACCGUAAACAGCCAGGGAGAGAAUAGCAGUGGAGAAAAGCAUGUGAGAGAUGGAAGGCAUUUAGUGUGUGUGUGUGUGUGAGAGGGAGAGAGAGAAGGGGGGGCACGUUGGAGAUGAGAAGCCAGCCUUAUUCCUCUUUGCAUUUCAUUUACAUCCCUGGCCGUAUCGUCCAAUCGGAUUGGGAGCAAAGCCCAGGGCUUAGGAGAGGAAUAAAGAGAGAAAAUGCCUUUGCUGCUCUCAUCCUUGCCUGAUAAUACCCUUCUGUUUCUUCGUGCUCCUCACUGCUCUCUAUAGGCAGAUACUGUCCGAAAUGCCAGAGGAGAAGCGACACCUCUGCUUGCUGCACGUCUCAGAUAGACGGAGCGAGGAAGCAGGCUGAAAGGACGGCUUUGGCUGCCGGGCGCACCGCUCCACGGGGGGGGGGGGGCAUGGA